CAAAUUUAUGAUUUUAAUGAGAUAGAUUUGAGUAAGAUAGAAUGGCUUACUAGUUUAACUCUUGAAUAUUAAAAAAUUUGCAUUGAGUAGAUGUCAUUGGGACAAAUAAAUGAAGUGAGGGUAUUUUAGUGUCCUUUUGGCACGUUUCUUGAUACUAUCUACUCAUUUUAAUAUAAUAUAAUCCAAUUAAGGGUAACUCUACAAUAUAAAAACGUUGAGAGUACAGAAUAUUUUUUUCAGUUUGAGAAAGAAAACACGGACCAAACCGAAAGUACGAUAACAAAUCUCAUGCCUCGUACGACGUAUAAAAUUGAAGUAUUUGCCAUAGACAAUAAAAAGAACUGUCUUCUGUUUGCAAAGAAAAUUACAACAACGGAUUUGAAAGUGAGCCUGAGAGAUGUUUGCUCUCAGCCAGGAGAGUCAUGUGUAGAAUGCAACAUAAAGUGGACUAUUGAAGACGUUGUUAUACCAGAGCACGAUGAUGAUAUACCAGGACACUUAAACGAAUCAAACAAUUUAUAUUUUAAUGUUAUAUGUUAUUCAGAGGGACAAGUGGUCCAUACAAAGGAAACGAUAAGAGUUUCAAGCUAUACUAUACCGAAACUAUAUCCAGGUCGUUCCUACUCUGUAUAUGUUUACCCUGUUUACCACCCGGUUACAUUUGAACCUGCCAUGAUGGAACUCACAAUACCAUGUACUGUUCGGAAUGAACGUAAGCAGGCGAAGAUACCUGAAGCAUCACUUCCUGCUAAAGUAGAUGCUUCAGAAUAUAUCAACCGUCUACGGUCAAGUUUAGUUGCCGUAGAGAUGCCACAUAUAGAUUAUAAACCGACUAAUUUAAAAGCUGCUGCAAAGUCAACAGAGAUUGCUUUACAAUGGACGAAACCAAAACAUACCAACGACAAGGAUAAAUUGGAAUAUCUAGUCACUUACGGUGAGUAUAAAUGUGAGAACACCAAUAAAGCAUCGAGCAGGAUAACGGAUCUCGUUCCCGGUCAAAAAUAUGAAAUUAAAAUAUUUACCAUCCUCAAUGAGAUAAAGAGUCCUCCCUUAGUAGCGAAUGUAUCGACACCGCCUUUAAAAGUGAGCAUAGAAGAUGUUUGGUAUGAGCCAGGAAUUUCAUGUGUAGAAUGCAACAUAAAAUGGGAACUUAAAGACUUUGAUCCACCAAAAACCUGGAACGAAUCAGACCACCUCGUUUUCGAAAUCAUAUGUGACCCGGGGAACCAACAUGUGCAAGCAGGCAACAGGUUCAGAGAUAAAACCAAUUCUAAACAAUUUAAACUGGAACUCUCUCCCGGCUGCUCUUACUGUAUAAAGGUGUACGCUUUUUAUCAUGCGGUUAGGCUUGAACCUCCAGGCGUAAUUGAAUUAACUGCACCAUGUGAACAGGCGCUCUUACCCGAGAUCCAUUUACGUGUAAGUAAAAUUAUUCUAUGCUUGAGGGAAAAUGUCACAUCGGUUUAA